CAAAUUCGAACGACCAACCAUAACCUCGGUUUCGUCGGAAGAAUUGCGUGCAGUAUUCGCAACACAGGCACAUUUCGUUGCAGUGCAUACCUACUACAUAUCUACUACACUACACACACGUUCCGGGCUAAGAGCCGCCAAGAACACAUAUAUAUGAAUAUAUAUAUAUUAGUGCACACAGUUGCUGCUACUGCUGCCGCUAGUCUUCGUGCGCAAACCAGCAUUCGUUCCGGCAUCGUCAUAAAGUCCAAGUGUUUUCCGACGACCGAGAGUGCUUUAUCGAUUUCAAAUACAAGAGCCGAGUGUUACUGUGGCGGCUCUGCAAGAAAGACGUUCGUAUUGCAGCGGCUCUCGAGUACUUUUUUACUUCCUUCCUAUUUUUUUGUAACCGAGCUCAACUGUGCGCGAGUGUUGUUUCUCCGCGUGCUGGACAUUGCUUGCAGCACACACACACACACACCUAAGAUUCGUAAUAAUUUGUUUUAAUUUGUGCAGCGACUUGUGUGCGAUCCCUCGUGCUCAUCAGCAAAGCCGCUCAUUCGAAGCUUUUUUACACUUUUACAUAUAAUAUAUGCACGUAUAGUGUCGCGGCGUAGCGCACGUACUCACACAGAGCUACCCGCCAGCAUCUUAUAGGUUAGGCGAGCGCGCGUUAGACAGUGCGUGCUGUAGUGGUGCGUGCACCCAACCAUCGUAUUAUAAACGAGAGUCGGCUUCGUUCGACACUUGAAAAAGGAAGCCUGCGGAAUUGAGUUUUGAUUAUUCCUUGUUUAUCUACGUCUCCUUUCAAAUCAUAAUGGGUGCAUACUUAUCAGAGCCCAUCAUCGACAAGGAAUCGACCGACGAAUCAUCCGGCAAUCUCGUCUGCGGGGCCAGCUCCAUGCAAGGCUGGCGUAUACACCAGGAAGAUGCUCACAAUUGUUGCCUCGACUUUGAUGAAGAUACAGCCUUGUUCGCUGUUUACGAUGGCCACGGAGGACAUGAAGUUGCAGUAUACUCCGCGAAAAAUUUACCACAGUAUAUAAAGCAAACAGAAGCAUACAAGAAAGGAGACAUGAAACAAGCCUUGAUUGAUGCCUUUCUUGGUUUUGAUGCCACGCUUGCAACUCCAGAAAUCGUCCAAACUUUGGUAGAAAUAUCCCGCAAAAAGCCCAAUGAAUCAAAAGAUCAAGUUGACUCAGAUGAAGAAAAUGUCAAUAGUCUUCGACAAGAGGCUGAUAUGCCUUUAGAAGCAGUUAUGGCCAAGUAUCAAAAGAAAGCUUUAACUGAGAACAAAUUUGAUGGCAUGAAAAAGAUGACACUUGAUCAACUGUAUGACGUCAUGAAGUGGGAUAAAAAGCAGCUAAAUGAGUUGAAAUCUGUCCUUGAACCCAAUUCAGAAGAUAAUGAUGGUGCUGGCUGCUCUUCUUCAUCAUCGGCUUGGAAUACUAAUGAAGAAGACGUUAGUAGUUCUAGCCAAAAAUGUGAAUCUUCAUCAUCGUCUGAUCCAUCAACAUCAACAUCUUCUGUACCACCAACUUCCACUUCACCUGCACCUCAAACUUCAACAUCAUCUACACCUUCAACAUCAACUCCAUCAGCUCCUUCAACAUCUAACUGUAAAAUAGAAGCAGCUGGCAGUAGUGAAGCUGAUCAAAUCUUAGAUUCUACAACAAGUAAUGGAGAUGUUUCUCGUGCACCACAAGUGGGUUCCUCUGCAGAUUCUCAGCCUUCAAAAUCAUCAGAUAUGCCAGAUAGCUCAGCUGAUGUAAAUGAUAAGGUCUCGCCAAGUCAAGUUUCAAAUUCUACAAAUUGGAAAAAUGAAAAUGAAAUGAAUGGGGAAACUCCAUCUAAUAGUGGUGAAAUUGCUGAUAGCAGCAAAAGUGGUCCUAGUGACAAUGAGUGUAGUAGCUCCUGUACUCCUUUAGAAAAUGGUGAAGCUGAACAGCAAGGAAAAAUAAGUAGUAGCGGUCGAAAAAAAAUUCAAUCUAAAGAUCUUUACAAUAACUUCUUAGCAGAAGCAGAAAAUUCUGAAGAUGAUGAUGAUAUUGACGAUGACGAAGAUAAGGCUAGGUAUAAGAAAGCCUUUAAAUAUCUUUUGGGUGGUGAAGACGGCAGUGACGUGGAUGAUGAUGAGGAGGAAGAUGAUGAAGAUGAUGAUGAAGACGACGAUGACGACGAUGAUGAUGAAGAUGAUGAGGAAGAUGAAGAUGAUGAAGAUGAUGAAGAUGAUGAAGAUGAAGAACAUCUUAUUGAAACCGAAGAUCCUGGUUUUGAUAGUGGAUGCACAGCAGUAGUAGCUGUUUUAAAAGGUGAUGAGCUGUACGUUGCUAAUGCUGGAGAUUCUAGAUGUGUGCUCUGCAGAGAAGGCCAAGCAGUAGAAUUGAGUUUUGAUCAUAAACCUGAAGAUGCACCUGAAAUGGAACGAAUAAAAAAAGCAGGUGGUAAUGUUACAGCUGAUGGUCGAGUUAAUGGUGGACUUAAUCUAUCAAGAGCUCUUGGAGAUCAUUCUUAUAAGAAAAAUGUUGGUUUGCCAGCACAAGAACAAAUGAUUUCAGCUCUACCAGAUAUUCAGACUAUAACAAUAGAUAGGAAAAAAGAUGAAUUUUUAGUAUUAGCUUGUGAUGGUAUUUGGAAUUUCAUGUCAAGUCAAAACGUCGUGAGUUUUAUCAAGUCCAGAUUAGAUCGGGGAUACAAGCAAAUGUCGAAAAUUUGUGAAGAGCUCUUUGAUCAUUGUUUGGCUCCAAGUACGUUAGGUGAUGGUACAGGAUGUGACAAUAUGACAGCAAUAAUUGUUCAAUUUAAAAAAGCUGAAAGUGAUGAAGGUGAAGCUAAAGCCGUUGAAGUCACAUCUGUUUCAAAGAAGAGGCCCGCUUCGCCGAACGCAUCAACGGAAAAUGGAGCUGAUUGCAGUACUGAUGACAAUGGCAGAGACGAUAAACGUUUUAAGUCAGAAAGUUGCUGAGAAUCGAUCAAAUCAGUUGUAACAUAAAGCGUUGAUUAUGAAUUUGUCUGUGUACAAGUUCAUAAAUUAUGGUACGUUAUAAAAUCGUGUAUAAAAGAAUAAAUCAUCGAAGAAUGAUUAUUUACUAGACUUGAAAAUAAUGAUAACAAAGAUUAGUUCUUUCUAUAAUUCAAUAAUUAUCAAUUUACCAUUGGUAACAGCACGCUUUAGAAAUGAUAAAAAACAAGUUGAAAUUUCCUUUACAAUUGGCCAAGAUGUGAUUAGUAAUUUCUUUUUUCGAGUAGAUUUUACUUCGUAUCUAUUCCCAAUUUUUAGAUAGUAUUUGUUAUUUUAAGAAUUUUAGAUUUUAAAGUAAACAUAAUAAAAUACCUUAAUAGUUUCUAACUAUGAUGAAUUUCAACUUACCAGAUAAAUCUUAUUGUCAUGAAUUUAAUUUCGUGUUAAUUUCGAUUAAUUUGGUUAAUCAAUAACUUUAUCCUUUUCUAGGCACUUCGAUCUUAUGUGACAAUGAUAAUUUUUACAGUGAGUCAGUACAAAUGAAUAUUUGAUGAUUUUAUUUGUUGCAUCACCAAAUAUUACAUUAUUCAAUUUUAUGUCCACUUGUUUUUUAU